AUGGACAAUUCCAACGGCAUUUUCCUCGUGGACAACACGGAUCCCUCGCAGCAGCCCACUAGCGGAGAAUCCUCACGGCAGACCUCUACACUCGAUCGCCAGCGCACUUUGACAAAACACCUCAGUCGAGCAACCGUGUCCGGUCGACUUGCGAAGAGGAAAUAUGCCAAAUGGCAACCUGAAAGACUCGGCCUUACGUCCGACACGGAGCAUUUGUUGAGCAGAGAAUCCUCGCGGGCACGAGGGUCGAUCUCGGCAGCAAGCUCCGCAGGACCAGUCAGUCGACAGUCGUCCCGUGAGAGGACUGGUACUUUCAGCGGUGCAGGGGCAGGUGCAGGUGCAGAUAAAGGCUCAUCAGAAAUCGACACAGCUGACUUUGCUCCCUUGCGGUCCCUAACCACUACCAACGAGACCACCGAAUCCAACGGUCUCACCCAAGCACCCACAACCACCGAACAACCCAAACUUCUCUCUGAAAUAGACAUUCUCUACGAAAACCAGCGUGGCUGGUUCUUCUUCGGCAUUCCCCUCUACUCGCACAGCUCCCUCCUCAACUUCGACCCCUCCGCCUGGAUGACACAAGAUAAACGCCCCAGCGCCGUGAAUAUCACCAACGCACAAGUCCCCGACCCCAGCUGGGAAUGGGCCUGGCGCACCUGGUAUGUUGACAUGUCCGGCGAUGUCGAUGAGCAGGGCUGGCAGUAUGCCUUUUCAUUUUCAUCGUCGCAAUGGCACGGCACGCACCCCUGGUUCCACUCUUACGUCCGGCGCCGUCGCUGGGUGCGUCUUCGGACGAAGAUUUCUGAGAGGCGGCACCGUGGAAGAUCAGACUUUGAAAGAGCUCAUAUGCUGAAUGAGGAUUAUUUCACAAUUCAUUCGUCCAAGGUGCGCAGUCGCGAGCAGAGUGUCGUUGGGUUGUCGAGGGUUGAGACGGGGUUUUUGAGCCGUGUUGGCUCCAAGGUGGAAGAAGAGACGCAUAUGGAGGAGAUUGGGGAUAUCCCGAGUCUGCUGCAUGCGCUGAAACAGACGUCUAUUGAUCGGGAGAAGAUCGAUGCGCUGAAGAAAUUUAUUGAGGAGGGUGGUGAGGAGUUAUAUUAUUUGAACGAUAAGAUCCCGGAGAUCAUGCCAAUGUUCCUUUUCCAAGCCUCCCGCUGGCAAUUCAUCUCUUUUCUCACAGAGACAAUCGACAAUCUUACUAUACAGCUCUCUGACCCAAACAGCCAAGACAAAGACAAGAUCGAGCGCAAGCGAGACAGUCUGGCUCGUGCGGCCGAGUCUGGCAAAAGUCACGUCACCGGCCCAGAUGUCUUCACAGAUACUUAUGGCGAAUCGGCGACGGGUCUACUGGAUUUGACCCCCGUAUCAAGACAUGAUACGUUAUUGUCGAGACGUUCCCAGAUGACCGAUGAGCCACUACAUGUGCUGAAGCAGAAGAAAAUCAAGGGAAUUCCGAAGGAAGCAGAAGUUGGGAGGGAGGAUCAUAUCUAUUAA